AGCUGGAGUGCGGAGAUAAGACUUUCUGGGAAACGUAGCCUGGUUGGACGGCAUUCCAUUUAGACUAACCAUGAGUGCUCAACAGCUGGGACUUUAACACUCUAAGAAACUUCAAUUUAUAAAGUCAGUUUUGUAAGGUGUCCCUGAUGGCCAUGUCUGCUCCCAGGUCAUCUGUGUUUACAUUUGAGUCAACAGUGCAUUCCUCCCAUGUGCUGCGCUGCCUGGACGAGCAGCGUCGCCGGGACAAUUUGUGUGAUGUUACAGUGGUGGUGGAGGGUCAGAGUUUCAGAGCCCACCGCUCAGUUCUCGCUUCCUGCAGUGAGUACUUCACACAGAGGAUCUCUUCCCUCACACAGAAUGGAGUGGUCAUCACUCUGCCACAAGAGGUGACAGUUGCUGGCUUUGAACCCCUGCUGAAGUUUGCCUACACAUCCAAACUUCUCUUCGGGAAAGAAGAUGUCUUAGAAAUACGCAACUCGGCUUCCAUACUUGGUUUCAGAGACCUAGACGAGGCAUGCUUUGAUUUCCUCCUCCCUAAGUUCUUCUCCAGCAGCAAGGGCUCUGCCCCCUUUCUGAGAAAGACCUGCUGUAAGAAGAAAUGUAAGAGGCGAUCAUCAAAGGACAACCAUGGCAUUAACUCUGACAGUGCAUUGUUGGAUGAGAAAGAAGUAAAACCAGUUGCUGACUCACCAUCUCAGCAGGAAGUGGCUUCGCUCUGUAACAAAUCAGAGAACAGCAAAAUGGGAAGUCAGACCAGUACAGGCAGUCUUACACCUGUAGCUGAAGGGACAAAUGACUAUUUUAUGCAGUGUCCAAAGUAUCGCAGGCAGCUGGCUUGCGUCAAGGAAACCUGUGUCACAGACAAAAGCAUUAAAAGUCCAGCAACUGUAAUGAAGGAUGACUGUAAUCUCUCCUGCUCGCCCUGCUCCAGUAGUUCCAACAGAAAGAAUAAAAGUGAGGUUGAAUUUCCAGGGAAUCCCACCAGACAGAGCAAUGGGGCGCCUGAUGAACCAUGGAAAUCUGAAAUACAUGACAAGAAAAUGGAGGCUGGUGUGGUUAAGAAAGAAACAAAUGAAAGGCAGGGAAAAUGUAGUGAGAAGGAAAGAGAUAUGGAUAUGGGGGAAUACAUCAGCUUUUCAGACAGAGCCAAUGUCAAGGCAGUCUCCUCAGGGCCAAGCACAGUGCUGGGUGAGAGUUCAUCAGGGUUAAUGUUGCACCAUUGCCCCCUGAAGACCUUUGGUGAGGGCCCUGCAAUCACUGGGUCACUAGGGCAUGAGAGGCUUGUCAUGGACAUGACAGAGGGCAAAGAAACAAGGGACUCUGGUGUACUAGGGCCAGUAUCUGUUCAUCAAAAGGCACAGGAACUGGUAGAAAAUGAGUGGAAAAGGGCAGAUGAAGAGAUGGAUUCUGGCUGGCUAGAAAUAAGAAAAGGAGGACAAACAGGCAGCAUGGAGAGAGCGGCCCUGCCAGUAAAUAAUGACAGAGAAAGGAGCACCAUGGAAAGGGAGGUGGCCGGGCAUUUGGCCAAGCGGCUGGGGUCCGAUGUGGGCUUGUCUCAGCUGAACUUCCAGGACCAUGAUGCAGGAAGUUCCUCUGACACUGGGAGCGGACAGGGACGGAGCACAUCUUUAGAGUGGCUGAACUUCCGCGUCAACCUUAGCUCCACAAGCACCAGCUGUCCCUUUUUCCAGGAGCUGGACCAAAGCAAAUGUCUGUGGAAGGGAGCAGAGCUGUCUGAGUGCGAGGGGGCAUCUCAGUCAGGCGUAUCAUCCCUCAACUCAGGGGAGGAUGGAGACUCAGAGACAGAAACAGAAGGAGACAGCGAAUCAUACACGAGCGAGAGGGCCAGACAGGUGCAGUUGCCAUUUUCUGUAGACUGGAUUGUGGAUCUGAGCAGAAACGACUUUCAACAGCUGCUUAAGCAACAGGCCUUUACACGUGAACAGCUGGAGUUUGUCCACGAUAUGAGGCGGCGCAGCAAGAACCGCCUUGCAGCUCAGCGUUGCCGCAAGAGGAAGCUAGACUGCAUCUAUAAUCUGCAGUGUGAAAUCAACAAGCUGAAGACAGAGAGGGAGAAACUGAUGAUGGAGAAGAGCCAGCUGGGCCAGCUGAAGUUGAAAACAUGUCACAGUGUCUCUGUCUUAUGCCAGAAGGUCUGCAACGAAGCCAACCUGCAGCCAGACCAGCUCCAGGUGUUAGCCAAAUACACCUCCCCAGACUGCCCUUUGUCCUCUUUCUUUCCUCACAUAGACACACUCCUUUCACAGUCAGGAUUUCCACUCCAGCUCCAGCCUUCACUCUUGGCCUCUUCUGUGGGCCCUAAUGACUAUAAUAAUGCGUCUGAGGCGGCUUCUUCAAAAUCCAGCAGGAAUACAGUUACAGGAGAUGGUCAACAUUCACUUUAGAUACACAUCCACCAAUCAUGCUGCAGGUGUAUACCAAACCCAUAGGAUGGAGCCUGGAGUUAUGAUGUCAAACAUAAAGGUUCCCACUCUUUAUCAUACAGUAUCUAAGGACAUUACCACAGACUGUUGCCUGAGAACAAAAUAAAGCAGAGGUAUACUUGUGAUCCCAGCAUAGUAUGACAAUACAUUUAUAAUGAGAUGGCCAUAAUCAACACAUGUUUUGAGUAAAUCCUUAUCUUUUCAAUUUAAAACUUUUCCACCAAUUAUAAGUAUGUGAUGACCAUGUUUCCAGCUUUGCAAAUAGCUUAUUACAAUUUGCUUUCUGGUAGAAGGCUAAAGGUAUCCCCUUACAAAUCAGCACAGCCGGGGUGUAUGUUGAGAAUGUUAAGAUCUGAGACGAUCACAACUAUAAUCAUAAAUCAAAGGGAACAACGGUCUGUAUAUUUGUGUGCUUCACUGCUUGAUUACCUCAGGAUUAAACACUUCAUCCUUAUAUACUUUAAUUGUUUUAAUAAACAUUUUGAUACAGUUUGAUACAAUAAGCUUCUCAGGUGUUAAUAGGAAAUUCAGUAUGUCUUGCAGAGAAUGUUGGUUCUGCUCUCUCUGUGUACAGGGCAACACAAAACUGCAUUCUGCACCAAAAACCAGACAACUCAACAAAUAGACCUGACAUAGUGUGCCAUGUUUACCCUCUGGUCAUGUGUCUGGCUGUCAUAUUUCGGGAUGUCAUUGUGGUCACCUAAUCACAGUGACACAGCUCUUCUAGGUUCCACAAACCUCUCAGAGCUUUGCUUUCACUCACUAAAACAGACCUCACAAAUUUGCCUAAAUAUGUUUAAAGAGCUGCCUCAAGAUACUAAAAACAUUUAUGUAUGAACAAAGUACACUUUUAUGAGAAAAGCUGCCUCACUGUGUAAUGAAAAUAAUCAAUGUCCCACAUUAUGUGUCUGUCCCGUAUUGUGGCAGGCAUUAGAUUCUUGUAUCUAUCUACCUGAUUAUCUUGAACAGCCUCAACUAAAUUACUGUCAAGGGUCAAGUGAACAAUGUAGCAAUAACUCAUUAAUGGAUGCAGUACAAGCUGAUUUAUCUUUAUAUUUCACCUAUUUUCUCCCUGCUUAUAGUCGAUAUUUGACACUCAGGACAACUUUGCAACUUCUCUUCUAUCAAGUUUCCCUGUGCUAUAUGUGUAUAUAUUUAUAGAUUUAUUGUCACUCAUGAUAAUCAUUACAGUGCAGCUGUUUCUUUCUUAAAAUUAUUUGUGUAUGAUAUGAAAUGAAUACUGUAAAUACACAUUCAGAAAUCCUGUAUAUAUAGAUUUUUUUUGUAAAUAUUGACCACCAAACCGACUUAAGACUGUAUGUUCAGUCUUAAGUAAAGAAUGAUAACGUUGGUGCUUAUUGCCCUCUGGUGGCAGUGCAUGUACAGUCAAUAGACCUAGCUGUAUAGACGUGUGCUACCCUAUAUGCUGCAUAUACUGCUCUUCUACUGUGUUCUUUUAUUUUUAAUGCCCAUGCAAAUCACUGUAUCUUUCUAUGACAAUGUCCAAAUGGAUUCCUGCAUUUUUUUGUUUUUAAGUAAAAAAGAACCAAUCAACAUUAAAACUGAAAAAUAAUGCUUUCAACAGUAAAAGGUGUUUGCUAUCAUCCUCCACUUACUGUAUGAAGAUUGCUGUUAGUGCUGAGCAGUGUUAUUGAAAAACCAUCAGUAAGGUUAAUGAGAUGUAAAAUCUGACGGUGUUCAGUGUGAGUGAUGAAUAGCGGUGCUCAUGAGGUCUUCACAGGACUCAUAUUUCAACUUGGACAGAUAUAUUAAUGAUUUAAUACCGCACUUAUUAUUUUAUGUUUCACCCUCCUGAAUCUCAGUCAGUCUCUCAGUCUCCCCUCUGUUACUUUUAAUGUACUUUCAGAGUUUCUCUUUCUUCUCCUCUCUCCCUCGUUCUCUCUCUGGAGACUAUUUUAAUUAACAGAGACUGAUAUUUCAUUCCUCAAUUUUCUUAUA